GUUUUGUUUUUUAAUGCAGAUACCUGUGUCCCAAGAAGUACAUGAGGUAUAUGAGAAUGGCGAGGAUGAAAAUCCACUUCUAAACCUGGGUUCAGAUGCCAACCUGAUUGAAGGUGACAUUGCAAUUCCAGAAGGACGAAAUGCCUUGAUUGACAAAAGAUACAGGUGGAAGUUUCCCAUCCCUUACAUUCUGGGUGAUGACUUGGAUCUGAAUGCCAAGGGCUGUGUCCACCAGGCUUUUGAAAUGUACCGUCUGAAGUCCUGCAUCGACUUCAAGCCCUACGAGGGAGAGAAAACCUUCAUCAAAUUUGAAAAGAGAGGAGGGUGUUUCUCCAGUGUUGGCGACCAGCAGACGGGACAGAUUCUGUCUUUGGGGCAAGGCUGUGACCACAAAGCUGUGAUUGAGCAUGAGUUACUUCAUGCCCUGGGCUUUUACCAUGAACAGUCACGCACAGACAGGGAUGACUAUGUAAACAUUUGGCUGGAUCAGGUUAUACCAGGGCUUGAACACAACUUCAACAAAUACAACGACGACUUCGUCACAGAUCAAAACACAGCUUAUGACUACGAGUCCGUCAUGCACUACCGACCCUUCUCCUUCAACAAGAACGACACGGUUCCCACCAUCACCACCAAGAUCCCUGAGUUCUACAACAUUAUUGGUCAAUACCUUGACUUCAGCAAGCUGGACACCCUCAGGCUCAACCGGAUGUACAACUGCUCUGGUCCUCUCACCCUGCUGGACCAGUGUGCCUUUGAAUACGCCAGCAUCUGUGGCAUGAUCCAGAGCUCCACCGAUGAUGCGGACUGGGUCCACACCAAGAGCAGUGUUGGUGCAGAGGAUCACACACUCCUGGGACAAUGUAGAGAUGCUGGUUACUUCAUGCACUUCAACACCAUGACUGGGAAGGCUCAGGAGUCAGCUGUGCUGGAGUCACGAACCCUCUACCCCAAGAGGAAGCUCCAGUGCCUGCAGUUCUUCUACAAGAUGACUGGAGGCCCCAAGGACAGGCUGGUGAUCUGGGUCAAGAUGGAUGAUGGCACAGGCACCGUUCGCAAAAUGAAGAAAAUACACACCUUUUAUGUGGAUUCUGACCAAACAUGGAAGAUCGCUCAUGUCCCGUUGGAGGAAGGGGUCAAAUUCCGCUAUGCCUUCCAAGGCGUGCGUGGUGAUCCCUCUGCAUCCGCCGGUGGCAUCUACAUCGAUGAUAUCAGCCUGACGGAGACACGCUGCCCCAAUGCUGUGUGGAGGAUCCAGAACUUCUCCAAGAUCAUGGAGACUGCAGACAGCAGCACUUUCAUCGACAGCCCUCGUUUCUACAGCCCUGAAGGCUACGGCUAUGGCAUCCGCAUCAAACCUGUCUCAGAUUACAGGGACUACACAGGGGCGUAUACUGGGCUGUAUUUCCACCUGGCCAGUGGGGAGAAUGAUGUGGUGAUGCAGUGGCCUGCAGUAAACAGACAGGCCACCAUCGUGGUGAUGGAUCAAGACCCAGACAUUAAGCUGAGGAUGUCUUCUGCUCGUAGUCUCACAACUAAUUUGAGGACCACACCCGGUGGAAAAUUGUAUUGGGACAAUCCUUCGAAGGUGGGGACAUAUGACCCUUCGUGUCACUGUCACAGAGGGGAGUCACUGGGCUGGAGCAACUUUAUCAAGCACUUUGACCUCAGACGGCGCAAUUACCUCAAGAAUGAUGACCUCAUUAUCUUCAUUGACUUUGAGGAUAUAACAUCCCUGAUCAAAACAGAGGUUCCUCUUCAGCCAAAGGAGUAGUGCCACCAACAUGCCCCCGAUAACAUGAAGUUGUGCAGCUGUGGUUAGAGGAACACACCUUGGACAGCGGAUGGGUCAUUAUGGCCAGGGAGACACUGAUACACCCCUUUUGAGACUGGCCACAUUAUCUUUCCCCAUGUCUUUCCCCCACUCAUUUCAUCAGAUAUUGAUUGUUGCAAAAACAAAAACAAAAAAAUCAUGAAACAAAAAUACAUUUACAAAACAGGGUAAGCCUUUCAGAUUUGUUAAUCAUCCAUCAAUCAAGUGUUGCCAUAUAAAGUGAAGGAGAAAAUAUCUUCAGUCUUGUUUUAGAUAGUCUGUUGAAAUUCCUCACUGAAGAAAUUUAACACACACACACACACACACACACACACACACACACACACACACACACACACACACACACACACACAAACACACACACACACAAACACACACACACACACACACACACACACAUCACUUCCAGACUGGCUGUAAAAUUAUAAUCAGGCUGAUUCUGGUUGUGCUUUUCAAAGUUCAAAUGGGCAAAUUCCAAUUCUUCUCCAGUUACCUGUGUGAUAAGGCAGUUGUAUACAUAAUAUUUGUAAUGUUUUCAAGUAUACAGACUGUGUAUCAGAUACAUGUUUAU